UCCCGGUCCUCCAACCAGAAGAAGCGAGACGACGACGACGAAGGAGACCUUUGGCGGUUACACACCGCGUCCUACCGUCUUCUGGUGUGCCUACCUAUUCGGGCUACCAGCGAACCGAGCGGGCAAACGGAGCUUCAGUCGACGCCGCGCACCCAAACGGUCCAGACCUGUCAGCCCGGAAGACGGUAUUAUAUCCCGACAAACGUACACGAUACCCAGGGAACAGAAUACUAAUACCGGUGUAAACCACGAACCAGUUUCCACGAUUCGUCCAUCCCUUCCUCUUCUCCCUUCUCUCGCUCCUAUAACAACCGGGAUAAGAAACGAGAACCGAUCAUUCUCGCCUGCCCAGUUCGCACGAAUUCUCCGCAACGGGGGACACGUUUAUUUGACCAGAAGUCCGGCAAACAGCCGCGUGAGAGGGAACGCUACGAGGGAACCGAGCGUGGGUGUACGCUACGACCGGUAGAACGAGGACAAGCUGCGAACCAACCCAAAAGGGAGAGAGAGAGAGAGAGAAAGAGAAAGAGAGAAAGAGAGAGGAGAAAGAGAGAGAGAGAAGGAGAGAUCGUGUUCCCGCGAGGAGGUACAGACCCGAGUGAUCUCACUCGCAAGGAGUUAGCCGGUUGGGACUAGGUUUGCGCAGGAGGAGAACCAGCGACACCCAAGCGGGAGAGAAAGAGACGGAAGAGAGAGAAAGAGAGAGAGAGAGGAAAAGAGUAUCGAGAGAGGGACCCCAAGGAGAGGAAGCUUCUCUGUGAAAGAGAGAAAAACGUUCCCCUUGUCGGGCAAGAGGGAAAGAGACGCCUUAUAGGCUGUACCAGGUGGAAGGGAGGUGACUUCGAGGCGUUAGCAGGACCGCGAGAGAGGAGGUAGAGGGAAAGGAGACAGAGAGUCGACCAAGAGAAGGAGCGGUGGGAAUUUAUAAGGAUGUUCGCGAUAAUGCCGAUGGAGACAGAGGGGCACGGCAGGGAGUUCGGCCGCCGGCAGAAGAUGCGCGCCAAGUGCACGGUAGAGUUCGUCUGCAAGUACUGCCAGCGGCGCUUCACGAAGCCCUACAACCUCAUGAUCCACGAGCGCAGCCAUAAGGACGAUGUGACCUUCACCUGUGAGGUCUGCGGAAAGUCCUUCAAGCGGCAGGACAACCUCAAGCAGCACAGAUGUGGGUGGCGGUGAGCGGGAGCUCUGAAUCUCCUGCACCUUGACACACACACAAUGCACACGCAACAACAAUAUCAACAACAUGAUCAACAAAAAAAAAAAAAAUAUUUCAAACAUCUUUCAAAAAUCAAAAAUCUAUAAUAACAGAAAAAAAAUUACAAUCCACCUUCUUCUAUUGUUUCACAUUUAUAUAGAUAUAUAGAUAUAUAGAGAUAUAUAUAUAUAUAAUAUUCUAUCUCGAUUUUUUUUUUUUUUUUUUUUCUAUUCUUUUCAAUUAUUUUUCAUUCUCCCGCACUCUAUGUCCCCGCCUCGAUCACACAAGGAUCACAUCGCGUCCUUGCAUCGCGUACCGCCACCACAAAAUAAAGAAAGGAAAAAGAAAGGAACACAAUAACGCCCAGCAUGCUAUAUCUAAGGAAUCUAACCUCUAACAAUACCAAUCUUCCAUUAACUCUUCCGCUGUUUCUGCUAUUUGACGAUCCACGAUCGCCAAAUCUAUUCGCCAAUCUUCUAAUUCUUCUACUUCUACUAAAAAAUUACUACUAACUCGAGCGCGCACGAUAAUCCACUUGGCUAAAUCGGCGAAGCGGUGAUUUGUUAAAAAAAUCUAAAAAAAAAAAAAAAAAAAAAAAAAAAAAAAAAAAAAAAAAAGGAAAUAGGAGGAAAAUGAAAGUAAUGAGAGGAAGCGGAGAGUUUCCUUGGAGAGUACUUUCCUCAUCUUCCGAUUUCGACCAUCUUUGUUCCAGGAGCAUACACUCUGUUCCCUACAAGGGCUCCAACGGCUACUCAAAUGGCUAUUCGAAUGGCUACUCUAGGUACUAGAAGCCAUCCAGCCAACUUAUUAUCCUAAACUUCCCUCGUAGACGCGCGUUUCUCUUUGUUCACUGAAUAGGCUAGUUUAUUGACAAGCGGUUCGACGAGGUUUUCUUUGGAAUUUCGAUGGAACCGUUUGCGGUGUACGUAUAUAUACGUAUAUACACGGGUGCAUGCUGCUUCCAAGAAAAUGAUUUUAACUAGGGACGAGAAUUCGAGAACAUUUGACAUUUGACAAUGUCCCAUUUCCAAACUUUAACCAGACUAUGGUUUUUUGGAAUUUUUGUCAAUGGAAGCGUGCGAAGGGAAACGAAAAAAUUAAAAGUAGAUAAAGACUUUCAAGAAAAGAAUUGGUAGAUUAAAGUAGGUUUUCAAUUUUUUUUGAAAAUAUAUAUAUAUAAAUUGAAAUAUCGUUGAACUUGUUACAAAAAUUUUCAAUUGUGAAGAUAUCUAAGAAUAGUUAUUCCUCGCACGUUUAAAAUAUUUAUAAUUAGCGAUUUGUAUAUUCCAUAAUUGCUCAAAUGCUGAAUAGUUAACGACUAAUAAAGUUUUUUAAAAUUAAUAGGAUAAUAGUUUCAAAAGUAAUUUUUAUAAUAAUCGUAAAGCCAUUACCACCAAGAGCACUAUUAAAAUUACGCGGGAUAUAUAGAAACCGAGAAAAGAAUCGAAUAAGAAAGAGGAAGAGAAGAAGAAAGGUUUCAAAUGAUGAGAAUAAGAAUCAAAACGUCGAAAUUCCGAGAAAAUUCCCUCGACCCGGCCACGAAGUCUAUUCUUUUUCGAAGUCCGUCCGUCGAUCUUUCCAAGAUCGGUCGAUUAAUUAAUCAAUUCGACAUAGCACCAGCGAGCCUACUGAGUCGCAAGGGAAACAAUACCGUGGAUACUGAUCGUCUCCUCGCCUAUUUUUUUAAAACCUCGCUUCUCGCUCCUUCAUUCCCGCUUUUUCGACGAUAUUUUUUUUUAUUUUUUAUUUUUUUUUUAUUACAUUAUUUUUUUUUUAUUAUUAUUAUUAUUAUUUUCGCUUCUGCCACUUUCCUGUAUUCCAAGCCUAGACACCUAGACGUUAGCCACAACAGCAAGUCAUUCUCGCGACAUUUCAUCGCGACAAUAACGACAUCGAGAGACAGAAAACAAACAGAGGAAGAACUAUACAACCACGUGAACCACGUCAGAAUUUCUCCUCCCCCCCACCCUCCCCCUCGAAAAAAAGGUGAAUUCUGAUAGAAUCAACAUAUCCAUCGAUAAUCAACGAUACCGAAGAUCGGGCGAAAAAUUUCACUGAGAGGAAACAGAGAGAAAACUUUUCAUUGUUAUUUUUCCAAGCAUUCGAAAUUCGUACGAACGAACUCGUUUCCACUUCGAGCCUUCAACUCGUUCGAGAUUGACGGCCAAGCACAAGUUGCACAAGGGAAUCGUGGAAAGGCAGGCAAGGAGGGGAAAAUCUAACUUCGUUAUCAGCGACACGUUCGAAGGCAGCCAAGCUAUGCACCCGACCAGUUCCCGUUAUCUCUCUAAAAAUCUACCAGGCCGUGGUUCCUGCUUUCUCUUACUGCCAGCUGUAACAACUUAAUCGUGGAAAGCCGACGUAAUUCAGUUCGAGCAUCCAUGGGAAUAGAGGAACGAGGCCAAGGUCGGAGGAUCACACGCUUUCAUCAAACUUCCGAUACAAUACAUUCUCUCAUUCGUCCAACACGAGAGAACUAUAUAGAGAAUAUCUCAAGUAUCUUGUCCAACGAUCCGGAAGUAUGACGAAAGUAACAUAAAAAAGAAAAAAGCUGAACACUAAUUAAUUUUCCCUGCAAAGGAAUCCCUGUCGAGAGCCAUAAAUCCGAUCCAUAAAGAAACACGAUUUCAAUAUCAAAGGGGUAUCCGAAUCCGGCCGAUUUGGCCCGGAAGCGUCUAAUUUGAAUUCGAGGAUCCUCCGGGCCAGGUGCAAACAGGCCGAGAAAGAGAGGAAGAAAAAAGAGAGAGAGAGAGAGAGAGAGAGAAGGAAAGGAGGAUGGAUCCGUGUCAACGUUGUUACACGGAGGACCUCGGGCUAGAGUCCCAAAUUGGGCCGCGUAAUAACCCGCUUCAAAGAUGCUGCUGAGGACCGGAUGCUACCGUGGGACCACGCCCAGGCCUGGAGCGACUCGUUGUCGGCCCAACCACCUGGCCAUCGGGAUCAGAGAUGCGGGCCUCGAUUCCACGCGAUUCCACCGAAGUGCCCAACUGACGGAGAAGGAGAUCCACGUGUGAGAUCGUAUGACGAUUCGAUUCCUCGAAGAUCGCGAAGGGAAGAGAUUGUUCGACGAGGAAGGAUCUCUCUGAUUGGCGUCUUUGGAUCGGCAAUGAAGAGAGCCAAAAUCGGGAGAGAAGAGAGAGAGAGAGAAAGAGAGAGACACGACGACCUUGGAAAUGUGAAACAAGGCGGGUCCACUGACGCAGAUACCAGUCAGCAGGGAUCGGUUUCCAGUGGAUGAACCGUCGACUCUGGAUGUGUCUGUUCGACUUCGCGUGGACACGAGGCCUCGAUCGUUCGAUCAGAGCGGCAUGAUCGAUCGGUAUCGAUCGUUUCCCAGACUGGACAACAACCGAUUCACGCGGCCGAUUCUUUUCGUCCCAUGGAGCCCGCAACGAGUACCUCGCCUGCAACAUUGUUGUAAAUGUGGGCAACGUGGCAGUUGGGAAAUGUGCAUUGUCUUCGUGACGAGGGAGAGAAUAUCAAUUGCAACGCGUGGCCAAGUCUGAAUAAUCGAUCGGAGAUUUUGUUGGUAAUUUCUCUCUCUUUUUUUUUUUCUUCUUUUUUUCUUGAUUCGUAACUUGAGAGUCUUGGAGGAUUUGUUACGAAACUUUGCGAAGAUUUAUUGUUUCUUGAUGGUUUUGUAAAUGUGUUGCUCAAAAUUGUAGGAGGAGGAAUAGUUGUUGAGAAAUGAUGUUUAAAUUAUGUAUUUUGAGAAAUUUCUAUUUCGUGCAAUGACAGAAUAAUGAGAUGACGUAUUUGUAUUUGGUAAAUAUCGAAUGCCACGUUCUCCAAUUAUUUUGAGCCAUUACAUCGCCGAAAUAUAAGAUUAUAUGUUUGCUCAUACAGAUAUGCCACGUAAAUUUUUUGAACGGUGCUAAUUUUUGCAACGCAAAAAUUCUUGUGUUGUAUACUUCAGUAAUUUUCAGAUUAUUGCAUUCAAUCUCGAUGCAAUAGUCGAAACAAUUAUUUUUUUUUUUUCCUCAUCGCCAAAGCGCUCGUUAAAAAUAUGUAACUUUUUCAAAGAAAAGCUUCAUAAAUCUGUGCUAGAUUUUAAUUUUCCAAAUUAAAUUUUUCCAUUGAAAAAAUUUUUUCCAUUAUAAAAAUCAUUGGACAAUCGAUCGCGCUCGACGAAUUUCGCGAGACUACGAUUUUCUAAUCUUCCCGCAAUUACGUAUUACGUAAUAUAAAAACAAGUUACAUCGAGAAAUAGCGCGAAUGAGAAGUAAAAAUAAUUGUGUAAAACGACUCUGAUUUUUGCAAGCUGCGACGUCUCGAGGUGUCUCGAGAUCGAUCGAUCGAUCAACUGUUCGUCAGUUUCGAAAAAUCUGGUGGCUGAAUACGAAACGAAACGUGUGCUUGAAAUUUCUUGAA